UGAGCUACAAGCCCAGCAGUUCAGAAGUAGCCUAAAGAAGAAGAAAAAAGAGUCCUGCCCUUUCUGAAGAUUUCCUGUUUCAUGAAAGUGCAUACAUACUGUCUGACUCAUAUGCGGCAAAUUCUGACUGCACUAUUUACUUUAACACCGGGUUCCUUGAGACGCAUGAGAGCAACAGGCAGACGGAAAAAAUAAAUCCGAAGAACGUCUCGAAUUAAAGUCUGGAUAUUUACUAUAAUCAAGCUGCUAGUAAAUGAAAAGAAGAGUCGUUUGUAAUCCGUCUUUAAAUGGAGCUACUUCGGUUUUCUGCUUUCUGGUGUGGAACGAUACUCUUUGGUAGUGUUCUGCUAGAACAGAUGGGGCUCUCGUCGAUGAACAUGCUGAAGCUGAAGCGUCUGUGUAAGUUCUGUGACGUGGAGUCUACCAGCUGCACGGGCACAGGGAGCUGUAUGGCCGACUGUAGCAUCACAUCCAUCUGCCCCCAUCCAGAGGAUGUGUGUGUCAGCAUCUGGAGGAAGAAAGACGACAACGUCACCAUAGACACGAUAUGCCACAACCCAGCCCAUAAGUUGCAUGGUCUGGUGCUGGAGGACUAUAACAACAGCAAGUGUGAGAUGAGGGAGAGGAAUGGCAUGGGCUCCCAGUUCUUCAUCUGCUCUUGCUCCGAGGACGAGUGCAACAACCACGUGUUCUUCACUCCCUACUCUCUUGACCCCCAGGUGGUGUCGGUGAUCCUGGUCAGCCUGGUUCCUCUGCUGGUUCUGGCCAUGCUGGUCAUCACAUCCUUCUAUUGGUACCGCAUCUACCACCAGCGCCACGCCGGUGCCAAGCGCAAGAAGACGCCUCUCGACUUCAGCGACGCCCGCGCCAUCAUGAUGGAUGACGACGGCUCGGACAGCAGCUCCACGCACGCCAACAACCUCAACCACAACACGGAGCUCCUCCCCAUUGAGCUGGACGCCCAGGUGGGCAAGGGCCGCUUCGCCGAGGUCUACAAGGCCAAGCUGAAGCAGGGCGCCACGGGAGCCGGUGAGCCCUUCGAGACCGUCGCCGUCAAGAUUUUCGCAGAUGAAGAGUAUGCCUCGUGGAAGAACGAGAAGGACAUCUUCUCGGACGCUGACCUGCGCCACGAGAACGUCCUGCACUUCCUGACAGCGGAGGAACGUAAGGUGGAGAAACAGUAUUGGCUGAUCACGGCCUACCACCCCCGGGGCAACCUCCAGGAGUACCUGACGCGCCACGUCAUCAGCUGGGACGACCUGUGGGCGCUGGGCAGGUCGCUGGCGAGGGGCGUGGCCCACCUGCACAGUGACCACACGUUGUGCGGACGCUACAAGGUGCCAAUCGUCCACCGGGACAUCAAGAGCUCCAACAUCCUGGUGAAAGGGGACCUCACCUGCGUCCUGUGUGACUUCGGCCUGGGUCUGCGUCUGGACAACUCGCUGUCCGUGGACGAGCUGGCCAACAGUGGACAGGUGGGCACUGCCAGGUACAUGGCCCCUGAGGUGCUGGAGUCCAGGAUCAACCUGGAGAACAUCGAGUCAUUCAAGCAGACAGACGUCUACUCCAUGGCCCUGGUACUGUGGGAGAUCACCUCCAGGUGCAAUGCCAUUGGAGAGGUAAAGGACUACGAGCCCCCAUUCGGUAAGGUGAGGGAGCACCCGUGUGUGGAGAGUAUGAAGGACAGCGUACUCAGAGACAGGGGACGACCAGAGAUCCCCAGCAGUUGGAUCAACCACCCAGGCAUCCAGGUGGUGUGUGGCACGAUAGACGAGUGCUGGGACCACGACCCCGAGGCCAGGCUGACUGCACAGUGUGUGGCCGAACGCUUCAAUGACAUGGAGCACCCAGACAAGCUGUCUGGACGCAGCAACUCAGAGGAGAAGAUCCCCCAGGACAUCUCUGUGACGGAGUUUGAAGAGAUUGAGAAGAAGGAAGUAUGCCUCAGAAACUACAAUGCCCCUGUCGAGGAGGCUGAGAACUACAAUCAACCAAGCAGCUGAGAGAGAUUUAAGUGGAGAGUCUCUUUGUAUAUGCUCCGUUUAUUUGUCCUGCUUGUGACUCCAAGGAACAAACAGAUUGGCUGUUGUGUGUCAUGGAUGUAAAAGGGAACAAAACUGAACAAUCCAAUCAGCAAGGAAUUUAUCUUUUUUUAUUUUUUAUAUUUACAGCAUUUUCUCCAAAGACGGAUUAAAGCCAUGACUGGACUGGUGAAAAUAUAAAGCCCUCUUAACUAAAUACUGUUCGCACUUUAUCAAUAGCUAUGCAUACCAAAUGAUGUACAGUACCAGUCAAAAGUUGACACACCUACUCAUUCCAGGAUUUUCCUUUAUUUGUACUAUUUUCUACAUUGUAGAAUAAUAGUGAAGACAUCAAAACUAUGAAUUAACACAUAUGGAA